AGGGGUGGAUAUGAUCCCAAAACUACAAAUUACACUUGCGGUAUUAGCCUGCUCAACAUAUCAAGUACGUGAUGAUGUGCUCCUGGAUCCUUUUUUGAUGUGCAACCAAUUGCUAGUACCACGAUCACAUUGUUCUUGAACCAGCUGUAGAGCACGUACAAGUGAACGAUCUCCAUCUCGAUCCUGUUCUGCAUGAUUUAUCCCAAUUAAUUUUAACGGUUCUACUUCUUGUUAAUGGCUAUGUAUUUGCAUAAUUUGAGCUCCUUCUAUCAAUUUCGUAGUGAAUAUAUGCCAGUCUUACGUGUUGCAUCUGCUGCAUUGGGAACAAAUUUGACCCACAAUAUACUUAUAGGAACCCCUUGACAACUACAUCAUCGCCAGCAGGUUUCGGUUCUAAGUGUCACUUUCUUCUAUGCAUAUGCAAGUAGAUGUCGAUGUAUAAUCCCUCGGAGGCCGCGGCUUCAAUGAUUUGAACAUUUGCACCUCCAUGUACUUUCUGAACGACUACUAGUAAAUGUAAACGACGUACAUAAACUUGAAAAAAGUAUUAAACUUUAUCGCAUCAUCAUCAAAACCACCACGAGAUCAUAAAAAAUGUCGGCAUCUCUCCAGAGCCUUCUGAAGAGGUGUUUCGGGGAUGCCAUUCGAGGCGCGUUUCCGAAGGUCCCGCUGCAAGAAGCGAAAAUUGUGCCCUGUUCACAGCCUCGAUUUGGCGACUACCAAUGCAACAAUGCUAUGGAUCUGUUCUCACAGUAAGGCACCUACUGCUACUUGCUGUACUAGUCUUUUGAAGCGUCUUGAGAUCAUGAUCAUUCUACUCAGAAGUAAACGUAAAUAAAGAAAGUCGUACUCCUAUGUAUUUCAUUCUGUUUCAGUUUCUCCAGUAGUUACUAGACCUACAUCGAGGACAAGGGAAAUGCAUAAUGAUCAUCAUGAAUCUUUUCACGACUAGGUAUCGUGGCGACAGCGAUGUGUUGGGCAGCGACUUGCCGAAGACACCCAAAGACGUCGCCGAAAGGAUAAAAGCCCAGCUAGUGUCCCUCCAAGCAAACAAAGAUAUGUUUUCCGAAGUGACAGUAGCGCCAACUGGUUUUAUCUCCGUGCGAAUCAGCGUGGAUUGGAUUAACGGACAGGGGCUAAUGCUUCUACAAAAGGGUACGGGCUACAAGGCAGAGAUGCCGAAGCGAAUUAUCGUAGAUUUCUCUUCUCCGAACAUCGCGAAAGAAAUGCACGUAGGGCACUUGCGCUCGACUAUCAUUGGAGAGGCGAUCUGCCGCGUCUUCGAAUUCUGCGGGCACGAAGUAGAGCGGCUAAACCACGUUGGGGACUGGGGAACGCAGUUCGGUAGAAUUUUUAUGGAUGAAGAGUAUAGAAGAGAUAGUGAUUGAUGAGGAUGAUAAACAUGAACUUUAUUAUCCCACAUCGUUGUGCUUUUGGAAUUAUGCCACCUCAUGGUACACGUGAAGCAGUAGAUAGUUCUAGUUACAGUUAGUUCCUGAAAUAGCACUUCAUCUUUUUCGUCGACAACAAGGCAAAUUUCUACUUCUUGUACUGUUUUAUUUCGCAUGCAUCUGUCUGAUUGUUUCCCAACAGGUAUGUUAAUCGAGUACAUGAGGGAGAAAUAUCCAGACUUCCUUACGAAUAUGCCGAAUAUCGGCGAUUUGCAGAGUUUUUACAAGGCGUCCAAAAAGAGGUUUGAUGAUGAUGAGGACUUCAAAAAGAGGUCGCAGCUUUCGGUUGUUGAACUUCAAUCCGGUUCUUCCUUCCAUCGUAAUGCAUGGCAGGUCAUUUGCGACAUCUCUAGGAAAAGCUUCGAGCGCAUAUACCGUCGUCUCGACAUUACCGUGCACGAACGCGGCGAGUAAUUCUAUUAUGUUGACACUAUUCUAUUAAUUUUUGUAUUUGUGACGCUAACGAUAGCAGUACUACUACUAACGUCAUCAAAAAGAUAGAAGACGAUCACGAUCGUUUCGUACUACCAAGAACAUCAGACUUGAUGAAAAUGUUCUUUGAUGAUUGAGCAAGAUUCUUUAUUGUCGUUUUUUACAAAACCGUGGCUAACAUCUUAAUCAUCUUUUUGAUACAAUAAUAACUUAGGUCAUACUACAACGCUAUGAUUCCGACCGUAAUUACGGAAUUGGAGAAGCGGGGACUUGUUGUCGAGUCCCGCGGUGCUAAAGUCAUUGAGGUCCCUGACGUCAACCCCGAUGUCCCCCUCAUGGUCCAAAAAUCUGAUGGUGGCUACGGCUACGGCUCUACGGAUCUGGCAUGCAUUUAUCACAGGUAAGUCAAGAAGAUAUAGAAAUUCAAGAUCAUGCCCUUGUUAUACCAUUUUGAUGUGCACCACAGCCACACAUCAUUAUCUUCUUCUCCUAUGUUGAGAUCAUGACCGCAGCUGCAUCUUAGAAGACGUUCAACCUGAUGGACCUUAAUUUUGAGAAGCGAAUACGACGUGUUGUAUUUUCCCGCUGCACGGAUGGUACUAGGGAGUUGCAACUAGGUACUCAUUUGUUAUGCAAAAAUUUGCACAUCAGGCAAAGCAUCACAUCUUCAUCACACACUAUCAGGCUCAUUACAUCGCGAGCCGACUGGGUCGUGUAUGUCACAGAUAUUGGACAAGAGAACCACUUUUACUCCGUCUUCAACGCAGCACUGCAGGCGGGAUGGCAUCGACCGGGAGUAAGCCGGUUGGAUCACAUGAGCUUCGGCAUGGUUUUGGGAGAAGAUGGCAGGCGAUUCCGAACACGAUCUGGAGAGACAGUGUAUGGCCUGAAAAAACUGCGAGGCGCGUGCAUGCCCUAGAUCGAUUGGUUACUGGAAGAAAGAUUUCUUGUCACAUUUUCUAACCAUGAUCAAGUUUAGGGAGUUAUUUAAGUUUACUAGUACGGUAAUCGAUAUUGAUUAUCAGAAAUGAAGAUGCCGUGGACUUGCGUGGAUCUUCUCGUUCUCGGCGCCUUAAUAUUUGAUCUUACUGUAGUGACCAGUUGAUGGGAAGUGUGCCUCGCAACUCGGGACUUUCAUAGUAGAAAGCUGGAGGACUUGCUUGACGAGGCAAAAGAGCGAGCAAAAACGGAGUUAGAGAAACGUAGGGCAGCGGAUCAAGCAAACGGUGACACCACCGAGUACGAUGUCGACGGUGCGGCGGAAAUCAUAGGGUAUUUUGAAUACUUCACUUCUUUUCGUUGAUUUUGAAUAGUAAGUUGUACAAUUGUCGUAACGAAACAAAAUGACGUCACACAGGAACCAACAGAUGGUGUGUUAAUGUCUAGCUAGCAUGACAUUUUUUUUGAAUGCUUCUUCCUAGGUACGCCGCCGUCCGGUACUUCGACUUGAAGCAGAACCGCACUUCAAAUUACAUUUUCUCGUUUGACCGCAUGCUCGAUCCAAAGGGUGACACUGCAGUGUACCUGCUGUAUGCUUAUGCUCGAAUCUGCAGUAUCCAGAGGAAGGCGGGCUACCAGUCACCAGUAGAUUUGUUGAAGAGCAUGCCGCUGUCUUCGCUCCAGAUCUCAGACCCGCUCGAACGUGCACUGCUGCUCGAAGUGUUGAAGUUUCCAGACGUCCUGGAGUUAGUUCUCACUUCCAUGCAUGUGCACAAUGUGUGCACAUAUUUGUACGAUCUAGUAGGUGCUUACACGCAAUUCUAUCGCGACUGCAAGGUCGUUGGUAGUGAACAAGAGAAAAGCCGCCUCCUAUUGAUCGAACUGACCAGGCAAACCAUGAAGACUUGUUUUGACCUCCUUGGCUGCGGAACACUCGAGAAGAUCUAAAUGAAGUGGGGAAACUGAAGCCUGGUGCGGGGUUGCGGUAACGAGAUGAAAUGAUUGACAGCUACCAUCUAACGACGAACGGCGUCAAUCAUUUGUGUCAACAUGAGGGGGUAUCGCGAUGCACUAGGUUUUCUUGCGCACGAUUUUCGUCCUCAACAUCGUUGGAUCAAAAGAAAAAUAACGAACAGAAUAAUAUAACUAGCAACCUUUGUCACUGCGAUAGAUCUAUCUUUUGGACCCAUGCGCAAAAAUGAAGUUAGCAAAUAAUCGAUCGUGAUGUUGAAGAGUCGAUAAUUACAUCGCGGCAGCAAUUGAAAUUCAUCGCCGCCUAGGGAGCUCAAUCGUGCACGUGAUGAUUUCUGUGUGGUGAAUAACCUAUGCGCAGCGUUCGCGGAGGUAACAGAGUGUUCAAAGAAAUGGAACUUCUAUUGCUCUUUCAUGACCUCCAAUAGAAGCUUCUUGCCAGUCGUAGCCGGAUGCGGAAUGCCGACUAUGCAAGCGGAAUAGUACCGUAAUUCUUGUUGCGAAGGCACACGAAUAUAACCCAAGUUGCAGAACAAAAUAUCGGCUUGCCUGACCCUGAGGUCAUUGUCAACUAUUGCUUCUAUAAGGUGCAAAAACAUGUGGGAAGUGGGUAACUGCGGAUAAACCGCCCGGUGAGAAGAAAUAUACGAGCUUGGAGCAGGUUACGACGCGAUACUAUUACUAAUAGGCUAACAGUCCACCAAGCACCAAGAAUACCAAAACACAAGUGGCGUUUUCCCUUCAACAAGGAUUGUGGCGUCCUACGGUCUCCGGAGUGUCAACAUUCAAAAUUUUCUCAAGGUAUACAAGAAGAUCACCUUUACUCAUCUCCGCCUUGAUCGUUGAAAAACCUACAAUCUAUCUCAUACUCCGUUAUGUUCACACGCUCGCCUCUCGGAAAGAUCAAC